CGCUUUCAAACUACAGACGUGUGCGCGCCGCACGCUUCCACAACAGCACGCCUCUUCUCGCACGCUAACUGUCCAACCGAAAGACGUUGGUCGCUUCUGCUUGCAAGCAAAACACUCGGCAACAGCAACAACAGUGCGUCGUAUAAGCCGUACAGCAGCCGCGCCGAGCAAACGAACGAGCGUGCGAGCCAACAAGCAACGAACCACAUUGUCGGCGCUAGCAAUAGCAAUAACAACAAUCGAGCAGCAACAGCAACAGUAGCAGUGGCAGCGCAGCGCAACAAGCGUCUUUGACUUAAAAUUGUUACCAAUUGUGAAUGUGAAUUUCAGUUGAGCGUCGAACUUUUACCAGUCCAGUUGACUAACAAACUUCGUCUGCGUCUGUGGCCGUUGUUAGUCGCUAGUAGCUAGUUGAUAGUUGAUAGUCAAGCAAGCAAGCAGCAGUGCAUAUUCCGUAAAUACCAGCGAGUAUACGCGCAGUGUUGGCAAUCAGUGUCUUCGUAACAGUCAAGCGUGAGCGUGCGUACAAAGCGGGGUUUUGCGCUUUUAUUUAUUGUAUGCGUUUCUCGUACAACAAUAACAACAACUAUAAGAAAUUAUACGAUUUGUGCAAGCCAACGACAUUUUCACGCAGUAAAUUGUGCUGCGUACGUAAACUGAAUUUAAAAGUUUUCGAAAAGAAGCAAUAAAAAAUAUUUUAAAAAUUUAUUUUCGAAAAUAAACACAAUAACAACAAAAACAAAAAAAAAACUUUUGUGGAGAAACGGAAAAUUGCAUGCAAACAGUUACAGUUAGCAUUGUGUGCGCGUGUUUCUAAUAGAAUUUUACAAAAACAAAAAUAAAUUUUAUUCUUAACAAAAAUAAAUCGUGCAAAAAAACUCAUUUAAUUGCAACAACAAACUAAAAUUCCGUUUUUGAAUUGUUCAGCGCAUUAUUUACUCUACUACCCCCUCACCCACUGAUUUCCUUGUUUUGUGUGUGUUUGUUUGUGCUUUCCUCGUGCAACAUGAGAUUGUUAUCGUGCAAUUUGUUGUUGCUGCUGUUGGGUGCAUGCUGCCUGCUCACAGGAAUCGCCGCCCAAGGAUUUAAUCCCAAUCGUGCUGCAAAUGAUGUGCCCAUUCCCUUUAACAAUCAAUUUCGCCGGCAGCUCUCCAGCCAACAGCAUAUUCUAACGGACGUGCAACACCAUACACAACCACGUCAAGCACAGCAGCAACAGCAACAACAGUAUUUGCUGCAGCAAUCCCCAAGCGUGGAAGUACCGAUACAAACUCAGCAGCAACGCAAUCGUCAGGUGUUGCCCACUGUGAAUACACGCUUUCCGCCUAACGGCAACGGACGUGGCAAUUACGUCAACAAUGCAAAUGCUAAUGGCAACAAUAACAACAAUGACCAAUACCAACAGAACUCAGUUUUCCAACGUUCCACACAGAAUCAAUUGUAUACGCCACAGCAGCCGAUACGUUUCCAGCAGCCACAACAACAACAACAACAGCAACAGCAGCCAUUACAGCAACAACAAAAUAUCGAUCAACACACGCAGAAUUUCUUAACUUUGCGCAAUUUCGGCAAUCAACAAGUGGGUCCACAACAGAGCUUGCCACAACGUUCGUACAACAACAAGCCAUUCCAGUCACAGACAACUCAACAGCAGCAGCAACAGCAACCACUGCAACAACCAAUCUACUCUACACUACCGAACAGCCUUUAUAAGCAGCAACCGCAGCAACAACAACUGCAACCAGGACCCUCAAAUUUUGGCUUGCCACAGACACAACAAAAGCUACCGAGCUCACUGCCGGUGCCCACUUUCCAGCCGCAGAGCGUAGCGCAGGCGCCAUUGAAAGCCGCAUUCUCCACCACGCCACAGUUGAUUUUCCAACAACAGCAGCAGCAGCAACAACCACAGCUGUUGCCAUUGCCACAACAACAGCAGCAACAUCAACACACGAACUAUCAACAACUGCCGUUGCAACAGCAGCAAAGCGGCGCUUUCCAGUUGACACCCAACUUGGGACUGCCGGUGCCACAGAUCUUCCCCAAUCUGCAGUCGACCGCCUUUCCGUCCGCACAACAACAGCCACAACAGCAACAGCCCCAACAACAGUAUGUUAAUCCACCUUUUGCCACACUACCAACACCGCAAGCCCAGUCCGCCGAUCAGGAGUACAAACAGAAGAUCAUACAGAAGCACGAACAGUUCGUACAGAAACAAUAUGAGAAGUCACAGAACAAGGUGCGUCAACAACAUGAGGAAUUCCUCGCUAAACAGCAGACGCUCAAGCAACAAUUGGUCCCCACAUUGCAGUUGCCACUACAACAACAACAGUUGCAACAACAGCAAUACCAAAAUUACCAGCAACCUCCACGCAGUCGCCCAUUGGCACCUUCGGAGCUGCAUUUGUUCUCAUCUGCCUUGCAGAAGUAUCACGAGGAACAUCCCACAACGACAACAACGACCACCACAACUACCACCACCACUGAGGCAACCCCACCGCCAAGCAGUAAACAGAACAGCAAAGACAUCUAUGCACAAGUGAAGGCCGAGCUCGGCAAGUACGGCAUGAAAACCACACCCGGUAAGAAACCCGUCAAGACUAUCGGUCGCGAUGAACUGCUGAAGCAACUAAAAGCUGCACUUGCUGAGGCGCCACAGAAGGAAGACGAUAAUAAAACCUACUCUGAGAUGGACUUAGUGUUGCCGAAUGGUCAACGCGUGCAAGUCAUCCGCACCACAGAUCCCAAUUUGGUUAAAGGACAACAAGCGCUUUCACAGGAUCAACUGCAAUCCUUGCUGGCCCAACAGGGUAUUUCUGCGCCUGAAGCGGUGAGCGCGCCAGCUGGUGGUAAAUUGAGUAUAGCCGAUGUGGCGCCUGAAGGUGCGAAGGACCUCGUCUUGCCAAAUGGCUCGAAAGUGCAAAUCUCGCGUUCUCCCGAUCCAGAAGCAGCCAUCGAUCCACAAGCAUUGCCUGGCGGUGUAGAUUUCUCCAAUUUAGCUUCACUCUAUGGUGGCGACAUUGAAGGUAUCUCAAGCGGCGCCAACAGCAUUGCCAGCUCAGCGGUGAUACAGUCCGACUCCGAUGAACCACCAACACUCGAAGAGUUGGCCAAACGUGGACUCAUACCCGAUGGCUAUGAAAUUGAAGGUUUAAGUUCGAAUAAACCAGCGCCUCCACCGCAACCAGCACCCACUUUACCACCAAAGAAGAAGGCCACAUAUGUCUACCUUGAGGAACAAGCUGAUGGUAGCUUCAAGAUACAAGGUGUCAAAGCCAAUGGUGAGAAGGAAACAAAACAAACAGGUGCCGAAGUGGAGAGCAUUUUGGAGCGCAUACGCAGCGGUGAAAUUAAGCUGCCGCCCUCAGUCUCACGUCUAACCCUACCCAAUGAUGAAGUUGUCGAGAUACAGGGUGGUAAUAUUAUAAAAACUACCGCUGCACCGUCCACUACACCCAGCACAACCACCUCGACAACCACUAGUACCACAACGACAACCACAACCACUACUGAGUUCCCAUUCGCGCGUACAUCACCGAUACGUCACCAAUACCAUUCCACGCGUACAACGCCCUAUGUCUACCCCAGUACUACUUACGCACCACUUGUACAUCGCACAAGCCCCGCUGAAGUAUCAUAUGCACCUGCUGCACCAGAAUCUACCGCCACCACCUACUACACCACACCAGCUCCGAUUUACACUGCCUCUACUGCACCUGUAGUCUAUGAGACCUCAACACCGUUUGCCGUCACCGAACGUUUGGUCGAUACGGUGCCAGAGUCGGGUCACUACACCGAUACGCUGGUGCAAGAAACCGAGAAUACUGAAAAGGCUGCCGAAGUGACCUCUACAAACCCUAGUGAAGACCUCAUACAGAUACUCAAAUCUAAUGGACUCUUCGCCAUGGCUAAAUAUUUACGUCAAUCCGGUUUGGAUAGCAUCUUGAAUGAAACUGGUCCAUAUACGGUAUUUGUACCAACGGAUAAGGCUUUCAAAAAUUUGCUGGUACAACUUGGUGGACCUGAACGCGCUGAGGAGAAGUUUAAGGCGAACCCCAGACUGCUGAGUGGCUUAUUGUUGCACCACGUGAUACCAGGUGCUUUCGAGAUUGCAACGCUUCAAGAUGAGAUGACAGGUGUCUCUUUGGCGGGCACGCAACUGCGCGUUAAUCAGUACACGAUGCACGAUCAGGAGUGGAACGAUGUGACUAUCACAACAAUAAACGGCGCUAUGGUCUUACUGAACAAGAAGGAUAUAAAGAUACCGCAAGGUGUCGCGCAUGCUGUUGAUCGUGUCAUGUUCCCGUUACCAGUGGGUGAUCUCUUGCAGACACUGCAAUCAGAUCGUGAAAAUCGGUUCUCCAACUUCUUGAAAAUUCUGUACACUUCAGGCCUAUCAGAGAAACUACAAAGUAAAGGCAUCAAAACCUACACCGUUUUUGCUCCCGUAGACAAGAGCUUCCGCGACAUGGAAUCCGAUACGUUGGAGAAACUUUUCAAUGACAAAGAUGCUGCCGAAGAGUUCGCUAUGAAACACAUUGUACCCGGUUCAUUGUUCUCAGCUGGCAUGCGUUUCUAUCAAGUGAAGGACUCAUUGCAAACCGGUAAAACCGUUAUACUGCAAAAGACAUCCGCUGGCAAAAUCAAAGUGAACGACGCACAAAUGGUCACAUCGAAUAUACCAGCAACAAAUGGCGUCAUACACGCAUUGGAUGGUGUGCUGGCGUGAGCUUAAAGCUUUGUAAGCUGCACAAAAACACAAACAACAUUAUUAAGUUAGCAUUAAAUAAACGAUUCUAUAGGCUUUAAUUUAAGAAACGAACGCAUGGAACGCGAUUUUCAAAAGUAAUGGACUUCAAUUUGAAAAAUUUAUUUGAAAAAUAGUUGUGUUUUACAACAAACAAACAAAAAAAAAAUAGUGAAGUAAAUCUUGCCAGGUGCGCUUUAGCAGCUUUCGUAGCUAAUGCGACGAAAGCACUAAAGUUAGUUAAUGUUACAGUGGUAACUAUCGGUUAUUUAAUUCUUAAAUUAUUGGUUUUAUAUUUUUCGCUGUUAGUAAAUAAUUUCGAAAUAACAACAACAAAAUCCGCUGGUGCUUCCAAUAUUACAAGUAAUUUCCACGAAUGUAUGCUAUUCUUGUCACCGAGUGAUGGGUAGUUGGCAAAAGUUAAUAUUUUAUUGGCUCUUGUAAUUAAUUUUCGCUUAUAUGAAUUUAUAAAUUGUUUAUUUUAAUUAUUCUUGUUCAAUUAAAACAUGCCUAGGCGCUUUUAAGCUCCUAAGCUUCCAAAAAUUAA